CACGUAAGUCACAUGACAGGUUGCAGUAAAAGCAUUUUAAAGGCUAUUUGAAGCUUUCAAACACUUAUGGUUUUAACAUUACAAGGAAUAAACCUUUAUGCGGACCCUUGCGUGUAUUGUAGGUGUCGACAACAAUGGAGAAUGGUGAGGAUGGUAAGACAGGUGAAUCUGAGCCAGUUCCUCAAACACAACAGCUGUGCCGUUUCUUCUCUCAAGGAAGAUACUGCAGUUAUGGGAAGAAAUGUAAAUUUCUACAUGUAAGAGAUGACGCCAGUGCUCAUGAGAAGAAAACAAUCAGGACAUUCAGCCAGUUAGAUGUUACACCUCCUCCAGCUAAUAACACCAGGGCUGCCCCAGCAGCUGGCCGCCGCCCCUGUCGCUACUUUAUCUCCGGCCACUGCUCUAUGGAGGACAGAUGUCGCUUCUGGCAUCCACCACAGAUCCCCACAGUGGACAACAUGCCUGUCUCUGGCAAUCAAACGAGACCCGCCCAGAGGAUGCCACCAGUACCCCGCCCCAGCAUCCUCCAGGAGGUCAAACUCUGUGAUCUAACAGAGGAUCUCGCCAAUCAGUUACGAGACACAGAGAUCAAGCAGUUGAAGAAGCGUUUUCCCAAAGACCAGCUGAUUGUUCAGGAACGAAGUGAUGGCAAACUUAUUUAUUACAGGGCGACUGUACAAGCCACUGAUCCAGACUGGCCUUUUGAUCUGAAUGAGAUUGACAUCAUGGUAAGCUUCCCAGGCAAUUACCCACAGGAGAUUUUCACAUUGGAUAUACCAUUGGAUCAGGAUCUGCCACCAGUAAUGGCAAGACAUGUACAACAAGCAUCUUUGGACUGGCUUCAGGCCAAGCAUGCAACCAAUCAGCUUCUGGGAAAGAUAGAACUGCUCUUCCGCCCUUUUCUUCGCUGGCUGGAUCGCAGUUUGGAGAGACUGUUCACUGAGGGAGCCAGGCAGUUGAAAAAAGACGUCGAUUUAGAAAAGGCUGGACUGCAGUUUAUACCGUACCAGGAGCUCCAGGCAACAGUGUGCGAAAAAUCAGAGAAUGAUCACUCCUCUGAUCCUGCCUCUGACACCGCUGCUGCUGCAGAUGCAGAUGAGGAUGCCAGUACUGAGGGAAAACUGGAAAAGCGAGAAUGUGAGAGGUCAAUGGAGGGAGGAAAGCUAUUGCAUCCAGGCUGCGAUGAAGAGCAGCAGCAGGAGGAGGAGGAAGCUAGUCAUCUGGUGGAGAACAUUAAGAUCAGUGAUCCCCGCAGAGGCACAGAGGUGAAGGUGCUGGGACUGAGGCUGGGAGAGAACACAGCCACUGUAGUCGCCCAACAGAUUACAGUUUGUCUUCAGUGUAAUAGGUGUAAGGUAACUGCAGACCUGACACUCACUGGAAGGACAGCCUGCACCGCUCAGUGUGAAAAGUGCAAUGCAAGCAUCAAUGCUGCAUUCAGGCCCUGCAUGCUGCACCAUUACAGUGAUAUCCUGGGAUACCUGGACCUCCACAAUGCUGCACCUGCUGACCUCGUGCUUCAGGACUGUGAUCUCGUUUUGGGCUGCCUCUCCUGCUCCAAGGAGUGCCCUGUGCAGAACCUUUCCUAUGGACAAACAAAAGAGUUUAAUUGUGAACACUGCCACAGCAAACUCAGUAUCCUGGCUGAGAGCACAAGAUUCCAGUAUAUUCAGCCACGCACCAACAAAAUAGGUUCAAGCACUGUUAAUUAUAAAACAGUAAGAGACCCUGCUGUGCAAAAGGGGAAGCCACUGCCGGAAAAAGGAACAUGCAAACAUUACAAACAGAGCCAUCGCUGGCUAAGGUUUCCCUGCUGCGGCCGGGCGUACCCCUGUGAUGUGUGCCACGACGAGGACCAGGAUCACCCCAUGGAACUCGCCACCAGGAUGAUCUGUGGCUACUGUGCCAAAGAACAGCCAUACGGCAAUGGAAAGUCUUGCAUCAGCUGUGGCAGCAUGAUGACGAGAGGCGCACGCAGCAGCCACUGGGAGGGAGGACUGGGAUGCAGAAACAAAGUGAAAAUGAGCAGAAAUGAUCGACAAAAAUAUGUCAACACCAACAAAACGGUUUCAAGGAAGGCAGCCAGUGAAAAGAAGUAGCUGGUGAAAAAGAGCACGAUUGCAUUAAUUUGUGAUUUAUGAUACAUGAACCAUGGUUUCAAUGAAAUUUUGUAUUUGCCCAAUAAAUCAUGUUGUUAUGAUCA